AUGCAUCCAUAUGGAGGAUUAGUUGCUAUAUUCGAGGAGAUGAUUGACAUGAUAGAACACAGAUUGUGUCUCAGGCAUUUAUAUGCUAAUUACAAGAAAAAAUUUGGUGGUGGAUCCCUCGUUUGGGACCUGAUGAUGGGGGCUGAUAAAGCUACAUACUAUAUAGCAUGGUCUCAGAAGAUAAAUGAAUUGAAGAUAGUGGAUCAAAAUGCUUGGUCUUGGUUGAUGGCUAUAUAUGAAUCCUUCAAUGCUACAACACUAGUUGCUAGGGACAAACCUAUAUUAACUAUGUGUGAGUGGAUAAGGAAAUAUAUUACGAAUAGGUUGUCUACAUCUGCCACCAAACUAGAAAAGUGGCAACAUAAAGUGAUGCCAAUACCCAGAAGGUUAGAUAAUGAGGUGUACAAUAGUGCUCAGUGGUUGCCAACAUGGUCCAUAUUUGAAAAAUUCCAAGUCACUCAUAGUUACAACCACCAAGAGUUUAUUGUGGACAUAGCUAAAAAGUCAUGUAGCUGCAACUUCUGGGAGUUAGUGGGAAUACCUUGUAGGCAUGUCGUGGCAGCUUUGAGAUAUAGGAAGCGAAGCCCAGAAGACUUUGUUGAUGAGUUUUACACCAGAGAUAAAUUUGCACUUUGUUAUGGAUUUUCAAUAAGCCAUAUCAAUGGUCAGGAUAUGUGGCCAGAAGUGGAAAUGGAACAAGUUUUACUUCCCUCAUACAAGAAAGGUCCAGGAAGGCCUAGGAAGGUAAGGAUAAGAGAACUUGGAGAGGAAGGUGCAAGACAAAGAAGACAUAAGAUUGAAUACAAGUGCACAAAAUGUGACAAGUUUGGUCACAAUGCAUUGACUUGCAAGUCAUUGACACAAGAUCCCAAUGCUCUGAAAAGAAAGAGGAAAGUAAAAAAGUCUGAUGAAGUUGAGAGUGCAGGGCAUAAUGAUGGAGAGAGUACAAUGGAUGGUGCAGAUAAUUCACUUCCUACUGAUUGA